AGGCUCCCAAGCGGCCAGCUUUCUCUCUGAGGCGUCUGCGGGAGAGGCAGGCCGCAGGCGGGGCCUCGAUUUGCCUCGCCAGAGGUGUUGUCGUGGCUGCGCGGCCGGCUGCCUCUCUCUCUCCUUUCCUCCGUCGUUCCCUCAGCCGCUCCUUUUUUCCCCCUUCCCCUCUCAACGCUUCUUUCGGGGGUCCCUUUAAGGGUGGGCCCUUUUUUUCCUUCCCCCUUCAUCUUUGAGGUCCCCUUUCAAAACCUCUCCGUGGGGGGACAAAGUCCGGGGGAGAGUCAUUCCGGGUGUUUUUUUGCCCCCUCCCCCUUUCUCCUUCCUUCCCCUUCUCCCUCGUUCCUUUUCCCAUCUGAGGCUUCUCCUCCGUCCUUGUCAUCAUGUCGGCGGGUGGGGACUUCGGCAACCCGCUGCGGAAAUUCAAGCUGGUCUUCCUGGGCGAGCAAAGCGUGGGCAAGACCUCCUUGAUCACCAGGUUCAUGUAUGACAGCUUUGACAACACCUACCAGGCGACAAUUGGCAUCGACUUCUUAUCAAAAACCAUGUACUUGGAGGAUCGCACAAUCAGGUUGCAGCUCUGGGAUACUGCGGGUCAGGAACGUUUCCGUAGCCUCAUUCCCAGUUACAUCCGUGACUCUGCUGCUGCUGUAGUAGUUUACGAUAUCACAAAUGUAAACUCGUUCCAGCAAACCACAAAAUGGAUCGAUGACGUCAGAACGGAAAGAGGUAGUGAUGUCAUCAUCAUGCUAGUAGGAAACAAAACAGACCUAGCAGAUAAGAGGCAAGUUUCUAUUGAGGAAGGGGAGAGGAAAGCCAAAGAGCUGAAUGUAAUGUUUAUUGAAACUAGUGCAAAGGCGGGAUACAACGUAAAGCAGCUUUUCCGACGUGUGGCUGCUGCCUUGCCUGGAAUGGAAAGCACACAGGACAAAAGCAGAGAAGACAUGAUUGACAUCAAACUUGAAAAGCCUCAAGAGCAGCCAGUCAGUGAAGGGGGCUGUUCGUGUUAAUAGUCCGUCCAUCGUCGUCGCUUCUCUCUUACCUUUCUCCAGACCAUCACUGCUUCUUCCUUCCUCCCUUCCUCCCUCCUUUCCUCCCUUCCUUCCAUCCUUUCCUCCCUCCUUCCCUGUGACUCAUUGACAGCAGUGUGGCUAUCGGCUUGCCCUCUCCCCGCCCCAUCCGUAACGUAGCACGGUUCAUCAUUGCUGCCUGUCUCGUGAAGAUGAUCUGUUAGCUUCACAAGCACAAAAAAGAAAGUCAGUGUCUUCGUUAUUUAUAAGGAAAUUCCUUCUUUUUUUGUAUAACAAGAGAGAGAGAGAGAGCCAAUGUGAUCCUAGCAUAUUUUCACUCAUUCAAAAACCAGAAAGACCAGUCAGUACCAGUCUGGAAUAUCUUUGUUCCUUUCCAAGGGGGGAAAAUAUUGGGACGCCAAAAGGACGUGGGAUUCAAGGUUAUGUUUGGAUACGGUGAAAAGGGAUGAAAUAGAGAAGGAAACCAGCUUUGCCUUUCCAGCCAAGAUCCUCGCCUCUUUCGCCCUAAACAAUAGUCUUUUGGAAAUGCAGUCCUGGCUAUUGCAUAUUAAUGUGUUUUUAAAAAAUCCAUUAUUUUAUUAUAUAGGUAAAUAGCCUUCCUACACCUGCUUCUUGUCAGGGACAAGGUGACAGGCACAACUCAAGAGACCUUGUUUCGGUCUUCUGAAUACAACAAAUUAACUAAUUCAAUGUAUUGUCAAAGGCUUUCAUGGCUGGAAUCACUGGGGUUUUGUGGAUUUUCCGGGCUUUGUGGCCAUGUUCCAGAAGCAUUCUCUCCUGACAUUUCACAGCAUCUAUGGCAGGCAUCCUCAGAGGUUGUGAGGUCUGUUGGAAACUAGGAAAAUUGGGUUUAAAUAUCUCUGGAAUGCCCAGGGUUGGAGAUAGAAUUCUUGUAUGUUUGAAGUAAGUGUGAAUGUUCUAAUUGGCCACCUUAAUUAGCAUUUUCCAAGAUCUAGCUUCUUACUGCCUGGGGGAAUCCUUUGUUGGGAGGUGAUUAGUUGGUCUCAAUUAUUUCUUGUCUGGAAUUCCCCUGUUUUUGAGUGAUGUUCUUUUAUUUAUGUAUAAAUCAUAACAGUACUUAAAGAACAACACUCAAAAUUCCCUCAGGCAGUAAGAAGCCAGACCUUGGAACUGCUAGGCCAUUCAAUGUUAAUCAAGGUGGCCAAGUGAAAUAUUCACACCUACCUCAAAGAGACAAAGAGUUGUCGAAGGCUUUCAUGGCUGGAAUCACUGGGCUGUUGUGGGUUUUUUCGGGCUAUAUGGCCAUGUUCCAGAGGCAUUCUCUCCUGAUGUUUCGCCUGCAUCUAUGGCAGUGGUUCUCAACCUGUGGGUCCCCAGGUGUUUUGGCCUACAACUCCCAGAAAUCACACCAGUUUACCAGCUGUUAGGAUUUCUGGGAGUUGAAGGCUAAAACAUCUGGGGACCCACAGGUUGAGAACCACUGAUCUUUGGCAAACAUUGUAGGUUUUUUCAGGCUAUAUGGCCAUGUUCUAGAGGCAUUCCCUGCUGAUGUUUUGCCUGCAUCUAUGGCAAGCAUCCUGAGGAUGCUUGCCAUAGAUGCAGGCAAAACGUCAGUAGAGAAUGCCUCUAGAACAUGGCCAUAUAAGCUUGCCAUAGAUGCAGGCGAAACAGCAGGAGAGAAUGCCUCUAGAACAUGGCCAUAUAGCCCGAAAAAACCUACAACAACCCAAGCAAAGAGUUCUUUCUCCCACCCUGGACAUUAUUCCACAGAUACAUGAACCCCAUUUUCCUUUUUUCCAGCAGACCUCAAAACCUCUAAGGAUGCCUGCCAUAGAUGCAGGCAAAACUUCAGGAGAUAAUGCUUCUAGAACAUGGCCAUAUAGCCCGAAAAAACCUACAACAACCCAGACAAAGAGUUCUUUCUCCCACCCUGGGACAUUACUCCACAGAUACAUCAACCCCAUUUUCCUUGUUUCCAACAGACACAACCUCUAAGGAUGCCUACCAUAGAUGCAGGCGAAACGUCAGGAGAGAAUGCUUUUGGAAUGUGACCAUAUAGUCCGGAAAACCCACAGCAGCCCAAUGAUUCUGGCCAUGAAAGCCUUCGACAACACGAUGAAAAGACUAACAAUGCUGCCCCUUGUGGCCAAGUUUAUGGAUCACACCUAUGGAGUGUUAUGCGCUGUAUGUGCAAAUGUGCUCCUCUUCCCCUCUAGCCAAGUAAACCCACAACAACCCAACUGGGUUGUUGUGGGUUUUUCGGGCUAUAUGGCCAUGGUCUAGAGGCAUUUUCUCCUGACCUUUCUCCUGAAGUAGGGUCCAGCUGGGGCGGCGGGAACUUUGAAUCUGAAAUGUGUUGGAACAGUAAGAAAUCUGUAGGUGUAUGUGUGUGUGUCAACUGUAAAAUAAGACACAUGAAGCUGAUUCGUUCAGCUUUGUCCAGGGAUCUGGCUGAGCCUGGGACUUUUGGAUACUGUUACAUUUUUGGGUUGUUGUAGGUUUUUCUGGGCUAUAUGGCCAUGGUCUAGAGGCAUUCUCUCCUGACGUUUCGCCUGCAUCUAUGGCAAGCAUCCUCAGAGGUAGUGAGGUCUGUUGGAACUAGGAAAAAGGGUUUAUAUAUCUGUGGAAUGACCAGGGUGGGACAAAGGACUCUUGUCUGCUGGAGCUAGAUGUGACAUAUCAGGAGAAAAUGCCUCUAGACCAGUGAUGGGCAGCCUUUUGAGCUCGGUGUGUCAAAAUUUGCCAAAAACCUAAGCAUAACUUGGGUGGAGUGUCACUUUGAGAAAAAACCCCCAUAAUUUUGCAAUAUUUAUAGUUUAAAUAAGAAAAAUGCAUAAUCCAUGCUGAGUUAUGGAGUGAACAAUGCUCAAACGUGCAGAUGUUAAAUUUGUAGAGUUUUUUACAAAUUUAAGGAUGGAAUUAGAUUGGCUCUUAUAAGGUGUAUUUCUCUGUAUGUGGCCACAUGUGUCUGCGUGUCAUCAAAAAUAGCCAUGUGUGUCAGUGCUGACACGCGUGUCAUAGAUUCACCAUCAUGGCUCUAGACCAUGGCCAUAUAGCCUAAAAAAACCUACAACAACCCAGUGAUUCUGGCCAUGAAAGCCUUUGACAAUACAACAACCCAACUAAUUCACUCUUUGGUCAUUGUACUAAGGGUGAAAUAUUUUCCAAAUAGGAUGCCUUUCCAUAGGUUAUGGCAUUAACGGCAAGGAAAGGGUAACGAAAGGGUCGUGACUCCAUGGAAGGUAAACAUGCCGUGAAGAGGAAAACAGGGACGGAGCAGAAAUCAAAUGGAAGACGAGGGAGCAUACUUAGUAGACUUUACAAAGUCCUUAGGUGAUAAAGGAAGGGAACAUAAGAUGGAAACAUACAAAACGUACAAUUAUGCAGACUUUUGCCUUUGUUUUCAGUUUCUUUUCUUAUUUUUUAAUGUCAGGUCUUCAAGUACGUUGGUCCUUCCUAGUUUGGUUAAAUAACUGGUCGUUUAGUAUUACGUUUUUAACUGGACUACAAUUUUUAACUGUGGUUUUCCUUCAAUAUAUUUAUUUCUCUGCUUUCAAAAUGAUUUUUUUUACUAUUUUUUUUGGUGGGGGGGGGGGAAGAAGUUUGUGGGUUUCCUUUGUAGAGCUUUUGCCGGCGUCACGAGAUGUAGCUAUGGAAGAAACACAUUCACCGAGACGUGGACACGCACUCGCACAUCCUCAUCCGCACUCACGCACCCAUGAGAGAGAGAGAGAGAGAGCGCACCCUCUUUAACCUAUACUAGUCAUUGUGAAGUUGCUGUGUAAGUUAACACAACUGUAAAUACAUUGUUUGCAGGAGGAACGCUUGUGGCUGGGGGGAAAAAGGGGCACGGUGCGGGAAAGGCCUCGCGGGUCUCCGUUUUCUAACUGAGAGAGAAUCCAAAACGACGGGGAAAGAGGGUCCUUCUCCUCUUUGAAUCCCCUCCAAUGUAAUACUUUAACACAGGGGGAAGCUUUUCCCCGUCCCAACAUCCCCGUGAGGCCUCUCUUUCCCUGCAUUGUGGAACUGGAAUGGCAAACCCAUCACUUGGACCUGAGUAUCCAAUAACCGUUCGCAUAUAUAUCUUGUAACUGUCAUGUUUUAAAGGGCAGAGUCAGACACAGAAAACGCUUCUUAAAUGCAUUCUUGAAAAAGGUAAUUCUCUUUUUUCCCCUCUUUUCUUUCAUUUUUUUUCCCUUUGGCAGUAGCAUGUCUUUAAACAAAUAUAUAUACAUAUAUAAGUGUUUAAAAACGGCAAACCGAUCCAGGAAAGCAACUUUAACAAAAAAAAAAAAAAGGAGACUGGGCUACUUUUUACUUCUUCUUCUUCUUCCUGUAUUGUUGUAUUCUGCGUGUGCAAAAACAAAACAAAACGAUCCAUCUUGCUGCUUUUUAAUAUUGAGUUUUCCGUGGCUUUGGGUUCUUAAAAGCAACGAAAUGUCUACACGGGUUGGAUUUUUUAAAACAUGCACAGAAUUUUUUGCUUCCAAUAAAGUAUCUAAUCAAAACACUAAGAACAAAAAAAUAAAAUAA